CAAAAAUGAGAGAAGAUCGGAUGGCUGAUACCUCACUAGAGACAAAUAUGUAUGUAAGGGAGGCAACUCUUAGUACAAACGUUACCACCUUAAACGAUAGUUACCCACCUCAACCAGAUCCAGAAGAAGACUGGCUUCUAAAUGCACAUGUAGAUCAACAAGAUACAAAUCCUGAGUUACAAGCAGCGGAAGCUGCACGUAUUGAAAGAACAGAACCUUCUCCAAAAAUGAGAGAAGACCGGAUGGCUGAUACCUCACUAGAGACAAAUAUAUAUGUAAGGGAGGCAACUCUUAGUACAAACGUUACCACCUUAAACGAUAGUUACUCACCUCAACCAGAUCCAGGAGAAGACUGGCUGCUAAAUGCACAUGUAGAUCAACAAGAUACAAAUCCUGAGUUACAAGCAACGGAAGCUGCACAUUUUGAAAGAACAGAACCUUCUCCAAAAAUGAGAAAAGACCGGAUGGCUGAUACCUCACUAGAGACAAAUAUAUAUUUAAGGGAGGCAACUUUUAGAACAAACUUUACCACCUUAAACGAUAGUUACUCACCUCAACCAGAUCCAGAAGAAGACUGGCUGCUAAAUGCACAUGUAGAUCAACAAGAUACAAAUCCUGAGUUACAAGCAACGGAAGCUGCAGAUAUUGAAAGAGCAGAACACGGUUAUUAUGAAGUAGCAUACGGAAUCAGGACACCGAGAUAUCAGACAAUGAAAGCAAGAGUGGAUUCAUUCAUUAAUUAUCCACAAUCUAUCGACAUUUCUCAUCAUCAGCUUGCAGUGGCAGGAUUUUACUUUACCGGUUACGGAAAUCAGUGCCGCUGUUUUGCAUGUGAUGGCGGCUUUGAAGACUUGCAUUCUGAUUAUGACCUUUUCGAAGCACAUGAAAACUAUUUUCCUGACUGUCCAUACAUGAAGCACCUGCACGGAAUUGAAGAUCUUCAACAGAUUGGGUGGACAAUAGCAGAGGUGAAUACAGCCAGAGCUGAACUAGAAAGAAGAGGAAACAAGUUCCCAUCAGCUGAACAAAUUGCGAAUACGAUUCUUGAUACGACGCCGAGAGCUGCACUUUCAGAAAAUAAAAGUGACAAAAAAGACUAUAAGAAAGUGCUGAGAAAGAAUAAAACAAAGUUGGUAGAUAAACUAUCUCCAGACGUGCUUUUAAAGGAAUUUCUAACGUGCAAUUAUUUCACACGCUUAGAAUAUCGACAAAUAAAGGAUUUGUCUCUGCCAUCAGAAAAAAACAAAGCAAUACUUGACAAGGUGAUGACGAAAGGCGACCAAGAAUAUAACAUGUUUAAAACUUGCCUGAGGCGAGCUUACCAAGGACGUCUAGCUGAUUUUUUGGAGAGUCAAGAACGAAGAAUGUCGACGUCAUCACUUAAUUAAAAAAUCACAAUCAGCUGAGUUUGCAUCUAAUUCAUAUCUUUUGCAUUUUGCCUGAAAUCCAGGAUCUUGAUCUUGAUCCCAUAAACAGUUCUUUCUGGUGUUUUUGGACAGUAAGAGUAUUUACUUAAGCAUUGAGACUAUAAAGUACCUGUGUCCUUUAAAACGAUAGUAGAAAUAUUCAUAUAUGUACUUGAAGUUUGAAGUAUUAUAUAAAAGUUGAUGAUGAAGACGUAUAACCUUACGAGGUCUCAUCAACUGUUAUUUAGAUUUUUUUUUUAAUUAUUUCAUUUACAAACAUAAUACCACAUUAAACUCGGUGUUGAAAGAAGAUCAGCCGUAAAAUUUGUGUUUUGAGUCGAGAAUAAAGGGAAAUGACAAUUCCUUUCCUGCAUAAGGCUUGACAUACAAUGCCUGAGAGAAUAUCGCUGACGAAUCAAGGAUCAGACGUCAGAAGACAAUAAUUUCAGUCGUAUUUCUUAAGUUAAAGCACUUCUAGAUAUGGAUGGAUGAUUCAUAAACUAAUGUCCCAUUCCAUCAAUAUUACAGGAGUUGUAUAGUUACAGUUUUAUAUUCCAAAAGAGUCUACAAAAGUAGAUAUAUUUAAUGGUGGGACACACUGAACCAUAAGUAUUAUUUAUGACGGCGUCUUAAAGACGUUGUACCGCGAUAGAUAAUUGAUAUUUACAUUCUGAAAUCAUACUUAUUACGUUAAAAUCUGUCAUAUUAAAGUUCAGCAAAGUGGAAAUAACGAUUUAAGAACACUUGUACUGGUAUGUUUUGAACAAACAUUGUAUUAUUAUUUAAAUUUGUCUAAAUGUGGCAAUUUCUUUUAUGACGUGUGACCGUUGUCACCUGUGCAUGUUGAGCUCGUGUAGUAAUUCAUGUGAUACAAAAUUCGAAGCGAUCAUUCGUUAACUUUAAAUGCUUAUCAGUCGUACAUCACAGGUAAAUUAUCAUCACUUCAAUACCCUUAAUGUGACAUUUCAUAGUUGUGUUGAUAUUUCUUUUGAAAAAUACGAAAUUCUAUAAAUUGGCCAAGUUAUUUUUCAUCUACCACAGUCACUGGCACCAGAACAGAAAGAAAAUGCCUCUAUACAUGUUAUACCUUACCCCUAGGUAUUCUAU